AUGGACAAUUCAAACAAAAUUCCGGAAUCCAGUCGAUGUGAAUUAGCUAAAUACGAGUAUAAGCAAUCGUCGUAUGCUGAGAUAUUCAAAGUGUUACAAUCCUUACGAAAACAACAGCUAUUUUGUGAUAUUAAACUAAGAACAGAUGAUGGUGGAGUUAUAUUCGGCCAUAAAGUGGUUCUAGCGUCGGCUAGUCCAUACUUCCAUGAAAUGUUUACAAAUUUUGAAGAAAAAAAUCAAGAUAUUGUUCUUAUAAAACACUUUGAUUCUACCACCUUACUACACUUAGUAGACUAUAUUUACACAGGGGAAAUCGUCCUCACUGAGUACAACGUAAAGGUUAUGAUACCAGCGGUGAAUAUUUUGCAAUUACAAGAAGUAAAAGCGGCGUGUUGUGAUUUUUUACAGAAACAACUAAGCUUUACGAAUUGUAUCUGUAUAUAUUCUUUGGCUGAUUUACAUAGCUGUACGGAAUUGUUAACAAGUUCAGAAUUAUAUAUUCAACAACACUUUGCAGACGUGGUAGUAGGAAACGAGUUCCUGUUCUUAUCAUCCGAACAAAUUGAUAAGUUGAUCGGCAGUAAUGAACUUGAAGUUCCAUCUGAGGAAAAGGUAGGCAAAGUAUUUGAAAAUGUCAUUCGAUGGGUAAAACAUGAUUUGGGUUCCAGAAAGUGUAUUUUGCCCAAAUUAAUGGAACACGUACGUUUACCAUUAACAUCCAAAAAAUACAUAUUAAAAAAAGUAGUUGAGGAACCUCUUAUCAAUAAUUGUCUUAAAUGUAAAGAUAACGUAAUUGAAGCGUUAAAUUUUUAUUUACUUAAGUCAGAUGAGCUUACUACCAUUCCACAUAACGUCCGAACAAAACCUAGACAUCCAGGCGGUUUACAUAAAGUUAUUUUAGUGGUUGGCGGAUUAGGGAGUGGUGAAGUUAUAUUAGAUAGUACAGAAUGGUAUUACCCAAAAAUCAACAAGUGGCAGUCUGGACCAAAAAUGAUUACACCUCGUUGUGGUGGUGGUAUAUCUGUAGUAAAAGAUAAUUUCGUGUUUUAUAUGGGUGGUAUUAAUAAUCGAUCAUCUCGCCAAUCUAUUGAAGUGCUCGAUUUAUCAUCAGAAUCACCUUGUUGGAAGCCAACCGUUACGAGCUAA